AUGGCAACCAUGGCUAGGUCGUUUUUGCAGGCGAUAUCGAAGGAUGAAGCGGUUGCUCCUCCGCUUAGAGUUGUUCAGAUCGAAGGACUGGCUGUGCUAAAGAUCAUCAAACAUUGCAAGGAGUUUGCACCGACCCUUGUCACAGGACAGCUUCUUGGACUUGAUGUUGGUAGUGUACUUGAAGUUACCAAUUGUUUUCCUUUCCCAGUCAGAGAUGACGAUGAAGAAAUUGAAGCUGAUGGUGCCAAUUAUCAGCUUGAAAUGAUGAGAUGUCUUAGGGAGGUUAAUGUCGACAACAACACUGUUGGGUGGUAUCAAUCCACAGUUCUUGGUUCCUAUCAGACCGUAGAACUGAUCGAGACCUUCAUGAAUUACCAGGAGAAUAUCAAGAGGUGUGUCUGCAUCAUAUAUGAUCCCUCUAAAGCUGACCUUGGAGUCUUAGCUUUGAAGGCUUUGAAGCUUUCAGAUUCCUUUAUGGAGUUGUACCGAGGCGGAAACUUUACAGGCGAGAAAUUGAGAGAGAAGAAUUUCUCCUGGAUGGAUAUUUUUGAGGAAAUACCAAUCAAGGUUUCAAACUCUGCGCUUGUCAGUGCCUUUAUGACCGAACUGGAGACUGAUACACCUGUCUCACAGGGUGAUUAUGAUCGUCUACACUCAUCAACCACUCCUUUCCUUGAAAACAAUAUGGAGUUUUUGAUUAAGUGCAUGGAUGAUUUAUCCAUGGAACAGCAAAAGUUUCAAUAUUACUACCGGAACCUGUCUCGUCAGCAAGCACAACAGCAAGCCUGGCUCCAGAAGAGAAGGACGGAGAACAUGGCUCGUAAAGCCACUGGAGAAGAGCCUUUGCCCGAGGAGGAUCCGUCAAACCCAAUCUUUAAGCCCAUCCCUGAACCAUCAAGGCUAGAGAGCUUCCUCAUCACAAACCAAGUCUCAAACUUCUGUGGCCAAAUCAAUGGAGUGGCUGGCCAGAACUUCAGCAGGCUCUACCUGACCAAGGCAUUGCACGAGAACUGA